AUGUCUGAGGGAACUUACCAACGCCUCUGGGAGGCCUCCCACGUGACUCUAGAAGAGGCGUUGGAGAAAGAGCCAGCUCUGCUCGAACCCGUGCCCGCCCGGGAGCGGCAGAGCUUCCAGUAUAAGCUCUCGGUGCUCUACCUGUACUACUUGGGGCUGUUGCGCCGCUUCGAUAUGGCGUAUGACCAGAUGGUGCAGCCACAGAAGCGCCGGCUGCUGAGGCGCCUGCUGGACGCAGUGGCAGGCCGGGUGCUGGAGCUCAAGGACGAGUUGGUACGCGUUGACCUGUGCGAGACCCACUGCCUGGACCGAGUGUUGCAGGAUCUUAAUCUGACCCCGUCAGAUCUGGAGGUUCCCAUCCCCAGGUAUUUUCAGCUGGAGCAGUCCAGUGCGAUGAAGGCACGGCAGAAGAUGCUGGCUGACAUCCUGACCAGACUGGAGCCGCUGAUUUCUUCGGAGAUUUUGCAAGUAAUGAGCCGGACUGAGGCCCUAAUUCUAGUGCAAAGUGCUGAGCGGGCCAGGCAGGGCCGACUACGUGCCACAUUCAUGCGAGAGAUUAGAAAAGAGGAGGAACGGGAUCGGAGGACUCGAGAGGAUGGGCGACAGAGAAUCAAUCAGGACCAGGGAGCCAUUGUCAUACAGAAGGUGUGGAAAGGUUACCUGCAGAGGAAACGCAUCAAGCAGGAUCGGCGCGUGGAGAUGGAGUUCAUUGGCAUGCUCCCCUCGUCCAACCAGACAGCACACCUGGACAUCUUUAAUCAGGCCACCCUCGCGGAGGAGUCGCGGAGGGUCCGGCAGGUGGAAAAGGAAGAGGAAUUCCAGACUGCCAUAGGCAAGACCCACGAUUCUCUCAUGGAGACUGAGGGACCCGACAUGAAGGAGAAGAUGAAGGAUCAAAUCCGACAGUGGUUUAUUGAGUGCCAUGCCCUUACUGGUCGGUUCCCUGAUUAUCCGGAUGAGGCUCUGGGCGGAUCCUACCUCAUCUUUGCAGACAGGACUCCAGAGCAGGUGAGAACAGAACUGGAGGCACAAGCCCAGGAGAAUAAAAAGAAGGAGCAAGAGAAGAAUAAAGAGAAGGAGAAGGAAAAAAAAGAGAAGAAGAAAAAGAAAGCCAAGGAUGAAAAGGCCAAGAAGGAACCAGAGGUGACUUUCAAAGUGUUGCCAUCCAAAUUCAUCCCCGUGAUUAAUGCUGGCCACGAGGAAUACACAAGUGUAUGGAAGAGCCGGAGUGACAAUAAACACCCAAACCAAAACUAUGACUCUGAGACUCUCCGGGAAGAGAAAAGAAAGGAAGUGGAGCUAGAGAUCCGGGCACAGGUGGACGAGCUCAUGCGCCAGGAACUAAAGAAUUUGCGUCUGGCCGUGGACAAGGAGGAGACCAGACCUCUGAAGGUCCCAAAGAAAAAAGCUGGGAAAAAAAGUGGGAAGAAGAAGAAGGAAAAAGAUCUGACCCCAGACAGGUCUGUGGACUCAUUGUUUGAAGAGCUUGUUGUUAUUGGCCUUAUAAAGAAGAGUUUGCUGGUGACACUGAGUGACUACAUUGGUGAUUGCCUCUAUCUUGGGUCUACUCUGACUUUGGCAAACAAGAUGCCCAUGCCUUCCCUGUUUGAUAUACGACAGAACAUAGCACUGUAUGGGAUUCUUCGGCUGGGCUCCCACGACAUACACUGCAUGGCUCCCCAUGUCCGCUCCAUCCUUCUGGUAGGACCCUCUGGCAUGGGGAAGAAGAUGUUGGUCCAGGCGGUGUGUACAGAAACCGGUGCCAACCUGUUUGACCUGUCACCUGACAAUGUGAUGGGCAAAUACCCAGGAAAGAAUGGGACACAACUACUGGUGCACAUCGUCUUUAAGGUGGCCCGGAUCCUCCAGCCCUCUGUCAUCUGGAUUGGAAACACUGAGAAGACCUUCUACAGGAAGGUCCCAAAGGAAGAAAGGAAGAUGGACCCUAAGAGAAUAAAGAAGGACCUUAUGAAGGCCACGCGGCAGCUGAGCCCUGGUGACCGCGUGAUGCUGAUAGGGACUACGGACCGCCCGCAGCUGGCCGAGAUGAAGGGCUUGUGCCGGUUCUAUGAGCGUAUCCUCUUCAUACCCCGGCCUGACUAUGCUUCCCGUUAUGUGCUCUGGAAACGCAUGCUAGAGAGGCGAGAACAGGGCACACAUUUGGUCCAGAAUCUGGACAUCAAUGCUCUGGCUAGGAUGUCCGAUGGCUACACAUCUGGUCACAUUCUACAAGCCAUUGAGUCAGUGCUGACUGACCGGCGGAUCCUUCAACUGUCCAAGAGGCCACUGGCUGCAUCCGAAUUUGUGGGGCACCUGGCAAGGCUGGACCCAGUAUACAGGGAAGAGGAGGAGUCCCUAAAGGAAUGGUAUUUCAAGACUCCUCUGGGAAAAAAGAAUAUGAAAUUUACCAAGGACCAACAGGAGGCUGAGGAUGCCAGGCUGUCGAAGGAGAAGAAGAAAAAGAAGUGA